GAUCUUGUGUGUCAAUGUCACCUAUUAUAAGUUGAUAUGCGUGGUUCGUUAUGCGGUACAACCAAGGUUUUCUAUAGUUAGUUUGUGUUAAAUGAAAGGAUUAGCGCAACGGCCGUGAGGAUGCGCUGCGCGUAAACUAUCAACAAUAACAUGUCUGCUGUCGUGACCGCCGGCGAGAUUUUAUGACAGUCCCAACUCGCUACGUUCGCGUUAGUUCGGCUCUGAAGUUUAUUACGCGUUGGCAAUGUCUGUACACAGCGUCCUGGAGGAGGCCGAGGCGGCGGACCGGGCCCAGCUGGCGAAGAAAGUGUUCAGCGCGGCGUUUUACGCACUCGCGUCCUUCAUGAUUACUGUUGUCAACAAGACGGUGCUGACCACGUUUGCGUUCCCCUCGUAUCAAGUGCUCGGGCUCGGCCAGAUGAUCGCGACCAUCGUGGUGCUGUGGGUAGGCCGCUCGGCCAAGCUGGUGCAGUUCCCGCCGCUCGACUCUGGCAUUGCACGGCGCAUUUGGCCGCUACCGCUCAUCUACUUGGGAAACAUGGCCACCGGCCUCGGGGGCACGAAGGAGCUCAGCCUGCCGAUGUUCACCGCGCUGCGACGCUUCAGUAUCCUUAUGACUAUGAUACUGGAGAUGUUGGUGCUGGGAAUCAAACCUUCAUGGCCGGUACAAGCAAGUGUUCUGGCCAUGGUGGGAGGUGCUUUGCUGGCGGCCGCUGAUGACGUCACGUACUCCGUCUCUGGCUACACGCUUGUACUCCUAAAUGAUGCAUUCACAGCUGCUAACGGUGUGUACAUGAAAAAGAAACUGGAUGCGAAAGAUCUUGGCAAGUAUGGUCUUAUGUAUUACAAUGCAUUGUUCAUGUUAGUGCCAGCUGCUUUGGUGGCGUGGCAAACUGGUGACCUCAAACGAUCUGCAGAAUACACACAAUGGAACAACAUGUUAUUCUUAACCCAAUUUUUGAUGUCUUGCAUAAUGGGUUUUGUGCUGUCAUACAGUGUGAUGCUGUGUACUCAGUACAACAGUGCACUAACUACAACCAUCAUCGGCUGCCUUAAAAACAUUCUUGUGACAUAUUUAGGGAUGGUGAUUGGUGGAGACUAUGUGUUUACGUUUUUAAAUUUCAUAGGGCUUAACAUCAGUGUACUGGCAAGUCUGUUGUAUACAUAUGUUACAUUCAAGAGGAAGCCUACGCCAGCUUACAUGCUUGUGAACAAUACCAAGGUUGAUACCGUAUAGCGAUACGUUAAACGGCGGCCAGCCCAAUGCUUCAUGCAUUUGGUAUAGUAUUGAAGGUUGCUACCAAAGAAUGUUUAUGUGACCUUGCUUAAAAUAUACAAUUAACAUUACAUUUGUCAAGGGCAUAGCAGACGUCUUUCAGAACAAACAAAAACCAGCUGUUUUAAUAUUUAUUUUGUAAGUCAUAAACACUAGAUAACGAACAUUGCUACAAAUGGCGAAUAAUAGAGUGAUAGAAUGUUUAAAUUUUUCUUGAACAUCUACAUAACUUCCAUUAUCCUGCAAUGUAUGUGUUGGACGGCCACAUUCAUUGCUUUUAGUGUAAUUGUAUACAUAUAUCUUAGGCAAGGUCACUGGGUUUUAGUGCAUUUUACCUGUGAACCACAAUAUGAAGUAAUAACAGACACCAAUUUUUGAUACAUUUUUAACGUUUCAGUGUCUUAAAGAUUAUAUAUUUGCCACUAGGUGUACAGAGUCCUGCAAGAGUAAAUAUUGCAUACAAUAUUCGGUAUUGUUUCUAGUUCAAUGAUGCAUCUAAAAUUUCAAUUGCAUAUGUACACAAAUGAUUGGGUGAUCAAUAAGCGUUAAGCUAUCCUAUAUUGUGCUCCAUUUAGUUAAUUUGCUAAUGAUUAACCAUAAUGAGACAAACUUGUUUUAUUAAGCUCCAGAGGCUCUCAUAUGACGUUCUAAUCUUACCUCAUGUCACAACAUCUAUUUGCUCAAUGGAUACAAUCACCAUCUUAAAUUUCAUUUUAAAUAAAAGUGCUAAACCAUGCAUAUCACAACUUUGCUAACCUUAUUGUUCAUUGAUCAUUCAUAUACUAUUAUAAAAUAAUGGAUCAUGUUAAUUACUACCUAGUGACAAGUAUUUUAAUCUAGCAAAUUAUGUUUUAAUUGGGUAAGUGACAUAUUAUAUUUUAUUAGAAUUAAUUCAAUAAUAAUUGAUAAGAGAGGAUAUUUUAUACAUCUAACAUUACGUAAUACUAUUUGCUAGCUUGUUUCCCAGUUUAGUAAAGCAGUUGCCAGUUUUAAAUAUAUACUAUGGACUGGACCAAUAAGUCCUUAUAUUAAUUAUUAAAAAUUAUAAUUAUGUAGAUUUCACUUGAAACAUUUAAAUUAUCAUGCACUGCAUAUGGAAGAUAUUCAUAAUAUAUUUAUUAUUUUAACUAUUUUAAGAUGAUUAAGCUGUUAAGAGCGUUGUCUACCAACUUAUUUGCUCUUUAGAAAUAAUGAGAAAAAAGAAAAAAAUAUGGUAACCCAAAUAACAAGUAAACAUAUUUACAUGAGUUUUUAAAACUUCCAAAGCAUUCACGCGUGACCGCCACAGUGGCCAGUUAAUGCCACGUCUACCAAUUUUACUGAUAAAAUAGCCCAUAGUUAAAUAAAACAUUAUCCCAAUGUGAUAAAGAUUUGUUGUUGUUUUAAAUAAUGAGGUAUUUCUGAAUCCGUAAAACAAAAGCAUAACCUUUAUUAGCAAAUAUUUAAAAAUAAUAUACGCUAUUAACGGACUUAUAUUUAUGCAGUGCAACUAAUCAUCAAAGUUUAAAACAGCACACAAUAGUAAUACCCUUCAAAUUGGGUCACAUUUUUUGGUACACAGCUAUCUAGUGCCGAGUUCACUGUGCGAGAAUAAAUUAUUUUCUUAGUGCCUUUAAUACAGACUGUAAUUACUUUUAGCAUACACGGGCUAGAAAAACUUAUAUUGAUUGUCGUAUUUUAACGCUCGUAUGUCACACCUCAUUCAGAUACGUGCCGAGUACAGACAAACAGUUCAGUAAACAACGUAUCCGUGUGUAUUCGUAACUCAUAAUUCAUAGUCAUAUUUAUUUAAUAAUUUAUGCGGUUAAUUAUUCGUCUAUCGUCUUAAUGAGGCAUUAGAGGUUGAGUUGCGCGUGUAAUCGUCGACGGAUGUCUGCAACUGAUGCUUAGUUGGUAAGUGAAACAUAUUAUAUUUGGUAGACAGCGCUCUAAACAUAAUAUAAUAUUUGAAUACAACACAGAAAACGAAACAAUGUUACACUGAUAAACAUCUCAUAUCAGUUCCUAUUUUCCUCGUUGGUUAUGUGUACUGAGGAGUUAGUGGCAGCGUAGUUCUAUUACAUAUUAUAUAUGACCAGGGUAGAUAACUAUAUACACAUAAAAAACGCAGUCUGUUGUGUGUAUACUGUUUGCCUAAAAAUUGUUGACGAUUUUUGAACUUUAGCGUACGACUUUGCCAAGUUGUACGAAAAACUAAAUAUGUAUUAUUAUAUCACAAAAGUACUAUAACACAAAAGUAUUAUAUCCUAAUGUAGGUUUUACAAGUUGCUAAGAUAAAAAAAAAUAUUAAAAGAAUUUACCAUAAUUUAUUAAGACAGUAUUUUACAAGCACGUAAAAAAUAUCAUCAAGAAAGAUCAUUGUCGUGUGAUGGUCUUGGCAGCGUACUAGGUACUGGGUUCAAAUCCAAGAUGAGCAAAAUUUGUGUGGGUUGCAGUUCAAAAAACCACAUAGAAUUGUCCUUGAUUAUAAUUGGAACUCGAUAUAGCGAUAGCCUUGCCCAUCACAUCCCGAGAUGAUAAACUAAGCACGAGUGAACUUAAUACGUUUCUAAUGUUUGGUGAUAAUAGCGAAAACGUCGAGAACUUCAAGUUGAAUUACCAUUUUAGUAAUCAUCUCCUGUGCACCUUUAAAGACAGACAGAUGUUACAAUGGUUAAAUACAGUACAGUAUUAGAAAUGUACAAAUUUCUUGAAAUAGCUACAGCACAGUAAAUUCAGCUGAAAUGUCAAGUAACCACAUGCGUUGUCCAUCCGGAAAAUUGAUGCCAGCGUCAGUCGAUAAACGUGACGUAACAAUCAACAUAGUUGGAUAUGAUCUCUGCCAUGCUAGAUAGGUGCUACUAUGAUAAUGUAGCUUAUUAUCAGUGAGAAAAAAAACUAUUUCCAGUGCUUCCAUUGAUGUUUAUGCCAGCUUAAGCGACCGCGGUCACUCGCCGUACGAACUACGUUGCCACUAAUUGUAUACAUUUUUAAUAAUGUGACAUGUGGUUUGAGAUUGUUUUAUUGUUGACGUGCGUGCCAUCUCCGUGCCGUGGCAGGUCCGUGCGUACGGAACAUCAUAUAUUUAUUACAUAUAAACUGACUGAUAACGGCUCAGGCACUAGUGAAAACGAUUUGACGGCGCACGGCUCCCGUCCUGACAUUGCAUUAAUGUUAGCAUCGACUAUCAGGGAUAUAAAGAUAACAUUCACAAGCUAUCGUUAAAUAUAGAAUAUUAAUUAUGUUCGUUACAAAGUUAUAUUUACAACAGAUAUUACGAACACAACUACUGAUAAAAAUGCAUAAUCGUCAAUUUAGGAUUUCUAAAUCCCUCGUGAUAGUACGAAUAAUGGAAAAAAGCUUACAUACAAAAAAUAUACAGAUAAAAACAAUAAAAUGUUUAAUACUUAUUUUAAAUCGUUCUGCGUUAUUAACUACGAAAAUUUCGCUUAUGAAAUAGCCGCGUAAAAAACGUUUAUUUCUACAGUUAUAGACACUGUAGGAUCAUAAGUCAGGACUAUGUGUGAUGGUUUGGCGAAUUUAUUUAGGUCGAAUUUGGCUUCUCAAAAUGAGUAUUUAUUGUCAGAAGAAGAAAUUGUAUUAACGUCAUUUUUAAUUUGUGUAGUUACUUACAACUAAGUAUCGCGUUUUUUCGCCCUGAUGGCGCAGUGCGUGUUGAGUCCGCAGCGAAACGCAAGGACGCAACUUCAUCUACAAGACAAUGUUUGACCUAAAAGUGUAUGUUUCAAGGCAGCAUUUAGAAUCGCGUGGUUCAUACCAUGAUAUAACUCUUAUAGGUUCCAGGAAUAUAUUAUGUAAUUUGCGCGUUUUAAAAACGUAGGUCAAUUAAUUUUUUGUGCAUAUUAAUAGCAUUGUACAAACGCGUCGUUAAAUAUCAUCAAUUAUAUCGUGUAUGUUGAUUCAAAGAUUAAACAAACCUACACGAGGUUAAACGUAAAGAGAGGAAGGGAGGGGACGUCGAAAGUUCAAGGCGAUGAAGGAUUUCACGACUGCUGGCACUCACGACAUGCAAAUCAAUAUUACGACAUCGAUCCCUCUUUCUGAACGAGGCGUCCAAAGUUCGAUAUCCGGAUAACUCUAUUUUAUUUGGCCAGCAUCUCAUUCUUUACAUAUCGAUUUGUGGUUGCAAUUAUUGGAACCCUGAAUUUGGUUUCCCCUGUACCAUAAAUGGCGUUAACCUAGUCGGGAGUGGAACGGACUGCCGAGACGAAAGUCCACACGCAAUAUAUACAGAAACAAACGUUAAAAUAUUUUAAAUUAAAAUAAUAAAACCUGUGAUUAGCGGGCCAAUAACUGGAACGUAUGUGCGGGAGCGGAAACCUGUUCUAAGUGUAUGUACCUCACUGCCUACCCGGUGCUUAACCAUAAGUGUUUUUUUAUUAUACUUGUAAGUGUAUUUAAAUACUGAAUUUGUUUAACGUGCUUUUUUUGUACAGGUAAUUUAUAUAUCCAUUUUUUUUUCUGUUCCAAAGUAAAGGCCGUGAGUUUACUGCGUUUCAUUCCGUUAUUGAUAUUUCAAAAAUAUCUCAUUGUAGCCGUGGUCGAACCCGCGACCUUCCGUUUUCCAGGUAGCUAAUUGCCCACUGCGCUAUGGCGGCUCUCAGUCGAAAUUGAUACUUAAUUUGUCGUCCUUCCUUUCAAAUUUAUCCGUACAAUUACAUAUUUUGACGUAAAUUUAACAACUGGGUUCUAGAUCGUGUCAUAAUAGAGUAAAGGAAUACGGACUUAAUGUAUACAGCACAGAAUACAUUUUACACAGCCCAUCAUAAUAAACAUAAUUCAAAUCUCAAAAUAAUGUUAAAAAUGUAUUCUCUACAUAACUAAGUUUUUUUCUUUACUCCAUAAUGUUAAGGUGAUCUGGUGCCGGGCAAUAAGUCUCUGUCAGGCUUAAGUCGCAAGUCGCUGUCCAGCUAGGGCUAAAAAUUUUAAAUGGAACGUCGGAUUAGCCUUUUUAGUAUCCAAUUAGCAUAGACUCUGAAUACAAAGUUCCUGGUAUGCUCUGUGAUAAGUCUGUUUUCAAUCAUGUAUCUAUAAAGAUUCAUUCGUAGACACUAUCUGCUACGAAUGAAUCUGCGAAAGCGCACGACAUCGCGUGGAGAACUUGGACAGCCACCCCUACGUCGAUUUUUGCCAUUUAGUAACAUUGUUAUAUUCCAGAUUUGUUAAUAUGAUACUUGAAAUAUCAGUAAACUAUGCGCUUUGAGACCAUGAACUCUAGGCAGAGGUUUCGGAUUAAUUUCCAGGAUACCUGGCUCCAAUAUUAAAGUUAGGUUUGUAUUCAAUUUUCAAAGUUAUAAGUCGCUUUGUUAAGGAGAAACCUCCUGACAUACAUUUAACUUCGCCAUAAGAAUUACGAAUGUACACGAAGUCUGUCAAUCAAAUGUUUUAGAUUUUAUGUGAAUAGCAAAUUCGCGGACUCUGCUAUUAUUAUUUAGAGAGGCAGGUAUCUUGCACUUGUGAUUAUUUGGGCUAUCAAUGGACUACGCCCUAAAUACUUCACUAUUUUCGUCACAGUCCAAUUCGCAUUCUUAUGUCGCGUAGUUUGGACUAAUUAAUUCGUGGUUGUCGAAUGUUGGAUACAGCAUAGAGUUCUAAUAUACAUGCAAGCUCUGGGCAUAGGCAAAAAAGGAGAUAAUGCAAAAGUUUAUAUAAACAUUAUUACAGGCUUCCACUGGAUAUGUGCAAUUGCUGUCAAUGUCAUAUAGUAUUUAUAUAAAACGUAUAUCAGGAGAUAGCAAUAGUCAAAAGGCGGUUAUACUUCAUUCACUGGUCCAGCGUUUGUUAUCAUUCCCUGUGUUGGUAUAAACCCCAAGAUUUGUUCAAAUCAAAAGAAAAUUCUGUAGAAAUUAUUGCUGUCGUUUUUGAAGUUGUAUAAAAAUAUCUUGUUAAUGUAUUUCAAUGAGACUUUUAUCUGUUGCUUUGUUUAGUCGGGUAUAAAAAGAAGUUCCACCAGUCCGCCCUAAACAGCUUCAGGUUCAAAGCUUAUCUGACGAAACUAUUCAGCUGAAUUCAUUUAUUAAGAAACUCCUGGAAAAUGAUAAAUCUAUAGAAAUCCAAGAUUCAAACUAAUAACUGGUCUUUGAAGACUUACUGCGAUUCCUUUGAGGAUGGUUCGAUAGUGCGUUCCGUGAAUGCCAAGAAAGCAAAGCUAAGUCUUUGAGAAAACUAUUGAGUUUUACUUCAAAACACCUGUCUUGAAGUAGUUGUUCCACCGCCGACGAGCAGCGCCUUGCUAUAUUUUCUCCCAGGAAAUUAACUGGCGCAUAAUACAAAUUAUAUGCAAAAUUGAUAGGGGUAUUUGUCUACGGCUGGCCAUAAUACUAACGUUUAUUGGAAAAAGAAUUAUGCCAAACGAUCGUAAGCUUGUUGUUGUCCUGGUGGUUGUCCUUUUUUUGUAUUACCUAAGAGUCGUUUCAUAAGACUGGUAAGUCGGACAUCCUUUAGGCUCAGAUAAGGUUGGGCGGGAACCCGUUUUCUCACGAAAUAAACUUUAUUGCGUUAGUAAUUAGUGCAAUAAGCCGAAUAAUAAUAAUAGUUUUGUACGCAUAAUCGCUAACGGUAAUACAAAAUACACCCUCUCAGAGACGGCUGGCCACGGUUUAUUUCCACGUUACAAUAUGUAACGCUGUUUUUUUUCUUUUCUUUGCCAGGAUAAUACUAUGAACAGAGCAACGUUGCAACAAAAUCGUCCUUUUUUAUCGCUCCUUAAACUUCUAAAAGAGGCAAAGGUUUAUAGCUAUUCGCCACUCGUCCAUAGUAAGACAGGCGCUUACUUCACAGUUUGUAAAAGCCCGCAACGAAAUUAAUUGACGCCAAGUUAAAUAAACAGGUAAAGUUGGAAUUACUCUUGUAAUUAGCUUAGCUAGCUUAUGACUUCAUCAGAUUUCUCUCCUUUGUGCUGUUGCUGCAACGUCUUACAAAUACCUUUGCCCUUAGAAAAUAGAACUGUGGACUGGUUAAUUAAUAAGAGAAAUUAAUUUCUAGGAAACUCCGUCUUGAAAUAACUCGAAGCGAUUUAUUUAAAAUGAUAGCUAGGAUUUACGUCGUGCUCUAACGAUCUUAUGUAAUACUGAAAGGGUCGCCUACAGUCCGUUUUGUGAUAAAAUAUUACAGAUAAAAGUUAAAGCAAGUUUGUUUGUUAACGAUCAUCUCGCUGCGCAGGAAAAUAAUAAGUUUGAAUUGUAUGACAUCUAUCGUAUUGAAUUCCUGAGAUAAUAUUGUAAAUAAAUAAAAAAAAAAAAACACUUUGUCCGCCCUUUAUUCGUUAUUCGGGAAGACGCAUUUUUAGGAUAAAAGUAACCUGUAAAAUCCAGGAUUUAGUCUACCUAUUUCCUGAUUAUCAAAUUAUAUCAACCAAAACAUACACUAAGUUAAUCCAUUCAUGAUUUGGCUCGCUAUCACAAUGUAUCGAAUCACAGCGCUGUCCAAACAUUACACUGACAGUUGCCUGUCUACCCUUCACAGUUCCGGCCUUGCUAAUCCAUACAAUCAUCAUAGCUGGAGCGCUAUAGGUAUCAUAAUUAAGUGCUGAGUGAGCAUAGCUGGAACACUAUAGGUAUCGGUCACUGAAACGCGCCUAACAAUCGGUACUUGAUAACGUCAGUCAUUGAUAUCUACUCGGCUUUAAGAUGACUGAAUACUAUAAAGGCAUAAAGGAUCGUGCCACUCUUGUCGUGUAAUGGAGUAUUCAUUGUCCUACAAACCGUAAAGUAAUAGAUUUAGUCUAAAAUAACAGCCUAUUCCAAAAUAACGGCCAAUAAGCGUAUUAUGAUGUUCGGUCCGGUAAGAUUUUAUCCCUUUUAAUACAAACAUGUGAACUUAUGCCCUACUAGCAAUUCUAUACCAGAUGUUCAAACUUCUGCUGUCAGCAAUCAAACACCGUCGAAAACCGGUCAUCUUCAAGAAUGAUAAUGAUAUCUUCCUUAACGAGUUUGUUAGUCAUCGGUUCUGGAAAUAUUUAAUCAUCGCGUGACGUCAUCACACGAUCUUGUGCCUUCUGAUUUCUCUUCGACAUUAGUUAUGUAGAAAUUUGAAGCGCAACAUUCACGCUGCAUGUUGAACAACGUUGCUCGAUGCGUAUCGUGAUAGGUCAUCAUUGUUGAGAGUUAAUUGCCCUGAGUUUGCCAGUCUGCCACACUUCUCUAAUUUGACAUCAACACGGAAGUAAUCCUUGAUGAAUCCAGUAAUAAUGUUUAAAAAGGCCAGGGUCAAUGACUAGUAACCGUGGUGAGAAAUAUUCGUGUGUUAUGGUUCGUAAAAAUACCUACCGAACCGGCUAUAUCUGCCAUUAAGUAUCGUUAAUUUCCAUAAAAGUUUGUCAAAUUUUAAUAAUUGAACAUCAUUAUAAACUCACGCUUAUUCAUUUGAAGGAACAGAAUAGGAAUCAGAGCGACAUGUUGAGCACCAAGUCCAAAUCAAAUGUUUGCUAAAAAUCUAUUUAGUUUAGCCGACCAAGGUAUCAAACUCAGUCUUACCGGUCUCACUACGCACUUUAGCACUAGACCCAGAAAUCAUUGAAGAGUGACUGAAAAAUACUUUGCUUUAAUUUUUAACAUACUAUUUGACCAUUCUCGUCCAAGGUUCUUUUUAGUUAAGUAAACUCAAAGAACGCCGAACGGCAAAUUUUUUCAUUUCGGACUUUCUUAUCUAUGUCUCUGUAACACGAUAAGGAAACGGCUUAUCACUAAUAAUAAUUAAUGCUAAUAGUGUUUUUAUGUUUACUGUUAGACAUGUGAUUAGAUGGAUUUCUUGGUUUUAUGUCAUAAACAUUGGUACUUAGGAUUAGGUAUAAGAAAUUUCGAACACCUAGAAAAUCUAAUGAAGAAAUUUAAAUUUAAAAAAGUUGGACAGCUAUUUGUUGAUUUUUUUUUCAUGCAUGGCAAGGUUCCACUACAUCUGAUGGUAAGUGGAGUGGGGUCCAAUAGAAUGUAGUCAGUCUAGUACAGAGAUGAUUAAAUUAACGCCGCGCCGCGUCGGCUUGUUGAAACCGGAUAUACAGAGGCUGAUCCCGGAACGGAACACACUUACAUGGGCCACUAUUGCGGGUUUUAACGCCUUGUGUGCGGUGGUCGCUAUUAGGGCGGAUAUAAAAUAUAUCCUACCACCAGCAAAUCAUAAACUAACCCGGUUUAGAUGAUUUUUUUUGUAUUUAACUAAAGGCAUAACACAGAACACAAUCAUUAUAAACAAUACUUAAGCACUAAAUUACAUUAAGUCUAGAUUGUCUUCCUUAAACCUAUGCCCUAAUUGAAUUUAAACUACGGACAGUACUACUACUUCCGAUGCGCUACACUCCUAAUACCAUACAUAUUAGGAGGAAUACGAAGCGUGAAUGCAUUAGAUGCACUUCUGCCCCACCUCAUUAUACAAGCCAAACCCCAAUAUCUACGUUAAAUUUGAGACAAAUAUAGAAUAUUUCUAUACUCGACAAGUGAUAACGAUCGACCUGUUCCAAUUUUCAAUACGGAAUCGUGUUACUGUCAUUUUUUAAAUAAAAAUAAACACUGGAAACAUGUCGCCGGAUACAAUUAAAUAUUUUAACACUAUUCACCGUUGAAACAGAGCUAUCUAGGGCAACAAUCGGAUCAGCGAAGUGUUUGCUAUUGACGUUUUAAAAGCUAAACUGUAUUUAGAGAAUCAGAAAACAAAUAAGUAGUAUCAAUUAAUUAUAUCUAUGGAUAUGAAAUUAGCGGAUAUUUGUGAGCAAAAUUUACGCUUGGAGAGAUUUUAUUUUUGUUUAUAUUUAGGUUUUUCCGUCCCUGCAUAUUAUUAUAUAAUAGCUCAGAUUUUAAACAAGAGAAAACAGGGCGUUAUAGGCCAAAAAUGCACAUCUAAACAAUCUAAGAUCACAUACAAGUCAUUUCUUAACCAGUUAACAAUACUUUAUAAUAUAAUAUAAUAUAUCAGCCCAGUAUUAUAUACUGUGCCACUGUUGGGCACGGGCCUCCUCUACUACUGAGAGGGAUUAGGCCUUAGUCCACCACGCUGGCCUAGUGCGGAUUGGUAGACUUCACACACCUUCGAAAAUUCCUAUAGAGAAUUUCUCAGGUAUGCAGGUUUCCUCACGAUGUUUUCCUUCACAGUUAAAGCAAGCGAUAAUUCACAAAGAAUACACACAUAAUUUUUUUUAGAAAAUUCAGAGGAGUGUGCCCUUGGGAUUUGAACCUGCGGACAUUCGUCUCGGCAGUGCGUUCCACAACCAACUAGGCUAUCGCCGUUAACAAUACUUUAACACUAACUAAUUACAGAAAUGUUGCUAAUACUUUUUAAGAAUUCAAACGUUUGUAAAACUUUAGUAGAUAUUUAUAAUUUUUGUAAUGUCGUAGGACUUGUUAGUUCUAAAACAUUUGAAAUGCAACAGCAAAACUGCUUAGUGCUAGUUUCUGAGAAAAUAAAGUACCGAGAAGCGUCUGUGUUGCCUUCCUGCCCUACAAACAGUUUCUAUAAGCUGUGGAACAGUUACCUGGAUUCGAUUCAUAAUUCAUGCUACCCUUUGUGUGAGUUUUGUGAUAUUUAGGGUUGGAUGUAGAAGUAACAGUAACAAGUGACAUUUAAGUAAAAGAAUUAUCCAGAUCCCUGGUCAUCAUACGUAAAAAAAAAAAUAUAUUGUAUUGACCAAACGAGAGUCGAAAAAAGUCAAGAGGAAUAUUAUUUAUUUGAAUAUUGAAGAGUAUCUGUAACGUAGCUCUUCAAAUCACUGAAGCUUGCUUUUGAUACCUAAGAGCCCAAUUAGUCUACGGUGUUACUAGAAACAAGUAUAUAUUAUUUUCUAGGCACGAAUGCUUACCUCCGAUUUUGAUAAUUGCCGAAUACAGACGAAUAGUCACGAGUAUGAGUUAGUAAACAAUUUAUUCUUGUGUAUUUGUUAUUCAUAAUUCAUAGUUAUAUUUAAUCAACAAGUUAUUCGUCGAAUUAUUCGCCAAUAAUGUAAAUAUCAGAUAUUGCAAUAUUCGCUGGAUAUUUGUAAUAAAUGUUCAAAGGCGUUGUGCGCGUCGCAGCGCCUUUGAUUAAUUAAAACUAAGUGAUGCUCCGAUCUCUGCAUAACUCUGUAUUGAUUUGAUGUGAAACUCCAGAGACUAAUUAGUAAUCUGAAAUAAUAACAGGUAUUCUAUCUGACAUAGUUUUGUAAUGAUUAGUCAGUGUUAUUGUGGCUCCAUCCAUCAUUGUUGCAAUUUUUCUCCCAAUUCUCACUCAUGUUUGACAAUGAACCCACAAUCCUUUGAUUAAAUGGGUGUUUAUCAGCUAUGGAUGUAUUGGUUUCUAUGUCGUUGUUGGCUGGAUUGGGAUUAUCCUAAGUCUUUAGUUAACAUGGUCUUUUAUACGAGUGUCCGUUUGGGUACAUUCUAGAGAUGCCACGAAUAGUUGAUUGGCCGAAUACCGAAUACCGAAUAUUCGGCAACGCUGUCGGCCGAAGCGCCGAAUAUUCGGCCACCGAAUAUUCGGCACGAUCCUUACAAGUGGUGGUUAGCAAACGAAAAACAAUACCCAAACCUUUCGAAAUUUGCUAAAGUGUAUCUUUGUUCUCCUGGAAGUAGCGUGUAUAGUGAGAGGUUAUUUUCUGAGGCUGGUAUCAUUUACGAUGAAAAGCGUAGUCGUUUGCUACCAAUAAAUGCUGAAAAGCUUGUUUUUAUCCAUCACAACUUACCACUGAUCAAUUUUAAUUACUAAAGAGUUGUUAUUUGGAAAUAAAUAGAUAAUUUUGAGUAAUAUAAUGUGUCUUUAUUUCAUUGAUUUGCUAUUCGGUAUUCGGCCGAAUAAUACAUAUUAUUCGGCCGGAUACCGAAUAGCUUAAAAGUGGCCGAAUAGUGCCGAAUACCGAAUAGCUGCCGAAUAUUCGUGGCAUCUCUAGUACAUUCCACUACUUUGUGUAUUUCUGCAGCCGAGCACCUUAUUUUACGCUGUUUAUAUUUAACCUUAAUUUGUUAAUUUUAAUUUAAAACAUUCUUUAUACUAUAAAACAAUUAGUACUUUACAAAAAGGAACAAUGCAAAAACACAUAUCACAAAUCCAAUAUUGGCUCCAACAAAUAGCUUAUUAUUUCUCAACGAAACGAUACAAUGAAGUUGUUUGCACGAUGAAAAAGGUAACGCGAGCCAAACAAUGCGGUGAAAACAAUUCUUGCAUUUCAUUUAUAUUUCUGAUAGGUUUGCGAUUAGUUUUCAGGAGUUUUGUAAAUUUCAAAACAGUUUACCGUUGAUUAAAAGAGUUUUGAAAAAAGAGUAAAAGUAUUAGUUCAUUUCGCAGCUGAACAAAUGCUCGGUCUAGGGUUGGCACCCCAUUGUGCAGCGGUGUUAGGUAGGCAAUAAAUAGAAUUAGAAGGACAAUACGCGGUAUUGUUUUACGGUUUAAAUACAUAUUUAAUUUUCUUAAUAUGGCUACAAAAAUGUUUGCUUGAACAUAACCAAAGUGAUCAUUUGAUUUGUGAAACUUUAGAAAUUUUUAUUUUAAAUGCGUCGUAUGACUAGAUGUUGAUAAUUUAACGAUAGGAUAGGUGUGAAAGGGAUUCAGCUUACGGUAUUAUAUAUUAUCUGAUAAGUCGAUACUCGAUAGACUCGCUCGCAUGAUCAGGAAGCGGAAAUAAGCUCGACGAAGAUACCAGUUGAAGUUCCGUCCACCGCCACGGCAACGGGUGUGAGUUAUGUGUCGAUUUAAUUAUCUACAGUUGGGUGUCAAACGGGCUGCUUAUUAUGUAUCUAUUUUAUUUUGAAAAUUUUAUACGAUAAGUCGCUAUUUUCACUCACAUAUCAAAACGAAAAAUAUGCCCUUUUUAACUAAAAUAAAAUAUCUUAUUUAUCAAAAAAUGUUUGAUUAAAACUCCGAUCAUUGUUUAUUGGCAAGAAGUUUUGAAAAAAUGGCAACCCUACCGCAAAGGAUGUGAUUGGUUAUUCCAAAGUUAGAAUUCCGAAACCUCAAUUAAGUACAUGCCAAUUCCAAAUAGCCUCCUCGUAUGAUAGACGUUGCAUUUCCGAUUAUCUUGAUGUCAGAACCAAUGCGAAUGUAGACAUGCGUUCAAAUACGAAUUCGUAAAUCCGAACUGUAUUGUUAUUGAACAUAGCUCCUUUUACAAUUUAGAAUAAUUUUCAGUUCAAAUUUGAAAUAUACCAAUAUCAGAGUUACUUGAAAGAUUUUUACGUAGUCAAUAUUAUUAUUUUCUAAUUAAUUUUGUUUAUUGUGUCUAGCGUGCGACAUAUUGUUGUGUCAUGUGAAGUUAACCGUAUCGUUUUCAAGACAAAAAAAGUGUAUCUUCCUACAUAAAACUUGAAUCCUAGGUAUAUGAGAAGGUUAUUAUUAUUGGAUAUUUUAUUCCGUAACCACACAAUUAUAUUUUGUUUUUCCUUCCAACUGUUUUGUUAUUUAAUGAUUUUGUUUCCUUUUUUUGGUUUGUAGAAACAACAUGUUGAAUAUUGAAAAUAAUACACAUUCUAUCUGUCAACCCGUGUAGGUUGUGAGGAAUAUAUUAUGUACUCCCAAGUUAUAUGCAUACAUAUACAAAAAAAACAAUAUCUUUUCUAGUCACACUGGCAACAAGGUACGAACGUUACGAAAAGCAUAAAAUAUUCCUUAACCGCGAAUAAUUAUAAAUUCUAAACCAAGGUAAUGAAUAUGUUUGUUCAUUAGUAAUAGAUGGGCAAUUUCUUUUUACAGAAACUAUAAUAAUCCAAUUAAUGGCCCGAGUAAAUUAUAAAAUAUUAUAAUAUGGUAAUUAAUUAAUAACAUUUCAUUGUGUACUUUUUUUUAUUUAGAAUGCGGCUGAUUUUUAGCACUGUUAUCUAACUACAUUUACAGGUUAGCCAUAUUCCUACGAAUAGCAACGAUAGAUAACCGAGCUCUUAUCUUGUGAUGAAUAAUAGGAAUUAGGAAGGAUUAUUGCAACGAAUUCUAGCUCGCAAUUUUCAAACCGAGCACCUUGUAAGUGGUUAUCUACUCAAUUACAAAACGCACAAAACAUUUCCUUGCCGACUUGGAAAUUCUCAAGGAAAGCUAAAAAAAAUAUUUCUUUUUUGAUUGUAGAACAUAAUAUAUUAAUCCAGUGCAGUAGACGAUAAAAUUAAAAAAAACAAUGAAAGUUUUCCAUAUGCGGAAUAAACCGGUGUCAAAGUUAAACAACGUGUCGAUUUAUCGCUAGAGCAAUUAAAAAAAACUUAAAUCCUCAGUAUGUGAGCGCAACACGUUUUUACAUGUUGCACAAACUUUCGGCUCUAACGCCGGGCGCCGCCCGACAUAAAACCUCAUUGGAAAUAAUCCAAAAAUCCACACAAACCGCGCGUUACCUGUGCAUGGCGCCGCACCCCCCUGUGGGUGGCGAGUGGCGGCCGGGGGGCUUGACCCACGCGCUCCUCAACAUUAAAGUGACAGCACGUCAUGGCUCCGUUCUAAUUCAGAUUCAUUCUUCAUUAACCACUAUCAUCGCAUAUCAAAGUUUCCAUAUUCGUAACUAAUAUUGCUCUUAGUCAAUGCACAUUGCACGUGGCAUUCCAAUAUGAAAUAUAGACACGUGGUGUACGGACGAACAAAUAUUUGCUUUACGUUGUCUAUUUUCCCGCAUUAGGUUGGCUGUUCACACAAUGUCGCUCGACAUGUUAUUUAACAAUGAUCGGUUUUGUAUUGAUGAUUUUCUCGAUUUUGUCUCCAUAUAUCUCAGUUACCUCGAGAUUCUAUAAUCGUGUCAAUUGAUAUUAUUUUAACCUGUUUUCUUUGACGCAUUAAUUCUGGCAACUUGAGCGACAUCCUUUUUCGUUUUAUUUUUUUUUUAUUUUUUUAACACUAAUGCAAAGGAUGUCGUGUGAAGAAGUUCACACAAAGUUCUUCACAUCCAUGAAGAAUGACAAGAAGCUUUUCGUUAGUUUCAUGUUUCAUCAUUGGUUUUUGAUUUGAUGAUUUUUCCAUGCUUUUACUAUUGAUAUUGCGAUAUUAAAGUGUGCGUGUUAGAUACAAUGAUUCUCUGACCUACACUACAGCGGGCGGUCGGGAAACUGUCGUAAGUCAGAGAAGCAUUAUAGUAUUUACAACUAAUAAAAUGAUUAUUAAUCACUGGGUAGCAGAUGUAAGUUAACAACAAUUAUUAUGUGUGAAAGCUUGUUAAACGAGCUCUAAUCUGUAAUACCUUACUUCUAGUUAACAGUGCUCUACCCACAGUUCAUGAAUUUAUACGAACAUAAAAUAUAUUUAAUAUUCACAGCUCGUUAGCCGCUCGUUCUCAUUUAGGAUAAAGAUUUUUGAACUGGCUGUUUUAAAAUAUGUUACCACAUUACAUUACUGCAGUUCCUCUAGAAACACCACACGGUGUCAAAUCUCGCUCACAAUUAAUUGACAUACUUUUCCUUCGCGUACAGAAGUAAUGCCUAAAACAUAUUUUUAUCGAUUUGAGCAAACAUACUUAGUAGUCACUUUUCUAUAAAGCAGUUACGUUAAUAGAACAAAUUAAGUACUAUAAAUAUUUUUAUUAUCGAGCAAAAGGCGUUUCAAAUAUGUAUAAUAUCAGAGCUCGUUCUUCCUUGUCUUAUGAAGCAAACAUUCUAUUUUUAUUGACUGGGUGUAGGGAAUCAAUAGCUGCAUUACAAAUGUAUGUAACAUGCACUAACAGUCCUGGAUGCACCUCAACCUUUAAGGAAGACAAAGGAGGUCAGCUGUGGCUCCUGACAAUUGACGUACAUUAUGCAUAACAAAAGUUAUUGGCACGCAUGCGUAUUGAUUAUGUGUCGGUUAAUUAAAAUGUAGUAGUCUGGCAACAUGACAUUUGAUAUUACCGGGCGGCUUUCAAAUAAUAUGUUGCAGCUGAAUAUGCCGUAGCGCAGAGAAUUCAGUGGUUUUUAUUACAUUUGAAACCGUUGUUAGGAUAGAUUAUGAAUAGCCAAUAAAAGUAGCCAAUGGGUUAAACAAUACCCAUUGGCUACCUUAAAAAACAAAUUGCAAAUACAAUAGUUGACAUUCUUUCUAUUUAAGAACGCUCGUACAGUUUCUGUAGCUAAAACUUCCCUGAUGAAGUAAUUUGCUACAUAUAAAUUGUAUGCGGCUAUCGGUUAAUAGGAUUGUCCAGAGAACGUGCGACUUGAAAUAAUCUCUGUAAGUUCACCUGCACACCUGCAUUAGAAGGCACGUCGAGGGGGGGGGGGGGAUUGUCGUUUCCGAUACAUGUUAAGCUAUCUGUUUGUUGCUAAGUUUGGUACAAAAAUUUGGGAAGUCAGUCGUCUCGUUUUCCUAAAGCAUGUCCAGCUUUCUGGGAGGUUUUUAAGAGUUUUGUUUUCAUUUUUUAUUUAAUUUGUCAUUCUUUAAUUUCAUAUAUCACAAAGAAAAUACUUAUACAAAAAGGUAAAUUAUUUUUAGUUUAGUUUCUCCGACUCUGUUUGUGUUGCGUAUUAAUUGUUCCGGAUAUGUAGUUCAAUUUUAAUACGAAAUGUCCCAGCAUUUUCCCUUUCCAAUCCCGCUUUUGUUUUGAGGAUUGCAACCCUAAGGUAGGUGAGGCUUUCUGACUGGAUAGCGUUUAGUAAUGUUGCGAAUGAUCAGGUUCAGUGGCUGCCUUUGUGGCCAGUUUGCCCAACUGACUAGUAAAUACCAAUAAACCGUGUAAGAUGUCUGAAAUUAAUUCGUCCGGUGAAUUCUGCAACUGAUCUAGUUUUGGAAUAGUAUCUACACAGCGAAUGUAGUCGGUGUUAGAAUUUAGUUUCAAUAGUUUGUUUUAAAACUUUAUACCUCUUUGAUCUCGUUUUCCAUGUCAUGAAUCAAAGUCGAAAGUUAUCUUAGAGAUUCCUAACAGGGCGCUAACAAGUUCUGUUUAAAAUAUAAACUCGUUAAAACUACAUAGAAAUCAAUAAAAAGAAAAAAGUUUGUGCACUUUGCGCUUCUUUUUCUAAAGGAGGAAAAAAUAUGCUACAAUUUUAUGUUCACGAUAAAUCGUCUACUACGUAACCCCCCCAGGCCCCUCCCCCCGAAAUUUUAUGUAAGAAGGUCAUCGCGAGCGCGGCGGGCGCGCCGGAUGAGACAAAUUUGUCAUCUGGUCAGCUGACGUUAUUAAACCGAUUAUGGUGAGGUUACAUUAUACAUGUGGUGUUUACCGCGCCGCGAGCAGCACGUAAUGUGACGUUGGACACUAGACCACGCUAGGCGCGCAAAACUAAUGCUAUAUUACGUUUUAAGACCGGGUUUUAUUGGUCCGAGAUUGGUUAACGCUGUCCAAUUGAAUCGCAUGUUUACAGCAGUAUGUUCACUUGAUGAUAUCCGACUUCCUAAAAUCAAUGUCAAAGGUAGAAUUUGAUUAAAAUAUUACACGGAAUUGCAUCACGCUUGUCAAACUAAAACAUAGAGUGAAAUCUUUGAUAGCCGGUUUGCCGGCAAACAGCAUAUGCAAACACAAAGGGGUAUGGCAACAAAGCCAAAUUCACUAGCACAUCGGAUAACAUAUUAUCUUAGGACCUAGGCGCCGCGCCGUGCCGCUCGCGUGUUGCCGCCCGUCUCUUGCUUCCGGCGUGGUCAGACUAUUGUCAGUCGAUCAUUGUGAUUUGUUGUAGUGAAACCACGUGGAAUGUGUGAUAUAGUUUAAUUAAGUUCAAUGGUCUGAUGAUGGAAUCUGUUGACAUUGUUGUUCAAAUAUCAAAAACAUAUUCACACAUCACGCCUUUAUCCCCGAAGGGGUCGGCAGAGGAGCUAUAAAAGCGUAGUACCUUUCGGCAUGUGUGUUUAGUCCCAUGACGUGACGGGGGAGAGCCUAUUAUUAUAUUUGGCAUACAUUCCAGACUAAUACUGAGUAGAAAAACACAAUACCACUUUGCCGCCCCGGGAUUCGAACCCCAGAGCGGUAGUCACACACAUAAUAUAACUACGCCAUUGAGACAGUCUAUUCAAAUUAAUACCUACAUAUAAGGCUGUGGUUGAUCGAUCAUGAUAAUUUACCAUCAGCAAAUAUUUGCUCACCUCCUUAAAAAAAUGAACUAAUUCAAUGCCUGCACAGCCGUGUUGGAAAUCGAAAGGCUACCACGCUCACUGCGACUAGAUCGGCCAAAUUAUGCAAAGAAUGCACAUAAAACGCAGUAAAUCAGCGCCCAUACGGCUAUUACUAGGCGGAUGGUGGGUACCGCCAGAAUAUUAAUUAUCGCCGAGCCAAAUUGUUAUUCACAGUACACGGUAUGAAUGUAUGUAUGUAAAUACAUGUAGAAUCAGCGAGCUUCAUUAAUUUGUUGCGCCGAGUCCCGACUUCGCGGAUUUAGCGCUUUGAUAUCAAAACUUGGCGCUAAAAUCAAAAUCGUAACAGAAUUAUAUUUUGUGUGCGACUAGUUACAGUUGAAUUUUGUAAAUUUACAUUUCAUACUUUAUUUCUGAGGUAUUAAGAUGCAAAUAGCAUAAAUAUAUCACUGCAUAUUAAAAUAUAUGAAAAAGUUAAUUCGAUGUCCUAUUUAUGGAAUCGUAGAGCGGACAUUCGCGGCGUCCCAGCGCACCUGACAGCCCAGCCGGGGAGGCUGCACCGAUCCAAUAAUAGACAAUAUGAAUAUAAAACAUAGCGCUUAAUACAAAUGAACUGAUAUUAAUUACGAACAGCUCAGGCUUAUAAAACGAGAAACUGUUCCGUCUCAAUAUUAAUAAUUGCAUUUUGUUUGAAGUGGAAUUACUAGAGAGUAGAUGUAUUCGUCCCCCCUGUAGGGUAGUACUCUUGUAUAUCCCUGGUUUGUUUAACAGUUCCAUAGAGUGCGGGCAUUUGUGUUCCUCCAGAAGACGCUUUACCUAAUGUGAUUAUAAACUGGACAUUAUCAGACUUGAGAGAUUUUGAUUCUUAAUUUUCAAAAUGGGAAUAUAUUGGCCAUUAUUACCUCUGGACACUGAUGUAAAGAAACACUAUUGUUUCGGGGAAAGUGAUAUAUGAUUUAAUUAGGGAAUUAUGGAGGACCUAAAAAUCACCUUUGAGAAGUCUCUCACGUCAUAAUAUACUGCGGUAUCAUAACUAUCAUUACUCAACCCACUAUUGUCUAACAAAAACAUUGAAUCGCUAAUGCAUUCGCUCCAUAGCGACGAUCGUUGUAGCGUAUUGUCACGCCUGUUACCCAUAGCGGUAGGCAGGUAUUGAUUUCCAUUUUCGACGUACGUUACUUGCCUCUUUCGGUUCACAUGUUUUAAUUAACCUCUUGGCGGAUCCUCGUUAAUUUGGAAAAAUCUGACGCUGGUGUACGUUUUACGGAUUGGAGGUGAAAUAUUUUUCCAGGCGCGUGCAUAGACGAAGUCACUUUGGAGUUUAUAAAGUUAUGGUGCCAAGUCUUACAAAGUAACAUAGUUUGCGCGUUAUUGUGUUUGCUCGUUGUGUACCAUGCGAUGCAGGACAAAGGCGCGUCUCCAUGCAUUAUUUUACCUGAAAUUGAAUCGGAAACUCCUCGUUAUAACAUAAUUUGCACUCGCUUUCGUGGUACUUUAUAAACAUGAUAUUGUUGUGAGCGCUCUUUUCCCGAGCAUUGUUUCGAUACGCUAAUGUUGCAAAACAUCAAUAGAUAUGCAUAGAAUAGUAUUUAUGUUACACUACAUUAAAAAAAAAACUUUUUUCACACAAAAAUAUAGUAUAAUGUUAAAUAUACAAUUUACUUAUUUGGGUUCUGAAGGAUUACAUGGAUCCGUCUAGGAAGAUAGUAGAUACAACUUUCUCAGUAUCUCAUGCCAUAGAUUAUACAGGACUAUUCUUUAGUCUGAAAAACAUUUUAACAUAUAACUGGAAAUUAUGAAACUUAGACAAAUAUCUCAUGAAGACAAGAGUAGAUCGGCCUCGCGGUAAUUCAAAAUCCAGGUUGCUCGUCUUCAUGACUAUUGUACCAUCAGCCGACCUUACAUCCGAGACAGGUGGGCCAAACGAUCUCAAUCAGUUGGUGAUCGAUAAACGACAGGAUGCGACACUUAGGAGUUGGCGGGACGCGCACUAGUCUCGGAUGCGUGCUUUCAUAUUAAUAGGGUGAAACUUGAUCAGUGUUUAAUAUAUUGUCAGUUAAAACAUGAAACGUAUUAUUCCCAUUGUUGUUUAAACGGUUACAUGAGUCCGAAGUCAGAAUUUCUGUACGUUAUGGCGGUAAACUUAUCUCUCGCAGAAACCAUGGUAAAUAAAUACGGGCUAUAACAUUUUACAAAUUUAUCUUUCUCGAUAUCCGUAUUUAAAUAACGAAAACAUUCGUCACAAAAUUUCCUAACCCGCAGUCCGCACACAAAAGGAAUCCGGAUUAUUGCUCAAACCAUCCGUUUCCCUUUGAUUCGUUUGCAGCGACCCAAAUGGCAGAACUCCCCCGAGGUGUAUCUGAGUCGGAUGCAGCAUUACGAGCAAAGCGCCUUACGUGCUCAAACGGACUCAAACUUAAAAAUAAACAGAACGCGCCGUGUGACGCGUCCGGUAUCCAAACACCUGUACCACCUCCAACAAGCCAGGGUUUUUGUACAAACGGAUAAUUUUCUCUAAUAACAAAACGAAGGCUUCGAGAUGCUUAGGUCCCUCAAAGACAAACUAAAAUCUGAACGAAUAUUGUGAGAGUACAGAUAACUGGAACUUGUGGAUUGUAGAUAUGCUAUUUUUAUUUCUCGUACGGUCUAGCAUAAAGGAAUUUUAAUCUAAGAAUACCGGAAAAUGCAUCAUGUAUUUUAAAAUUAAAAACAAAACUCUUUGUAAUAUAUUGGAGUUUUCGAAUUUGUUUGUUCCUUUGUUUUAAAAGUCGGUUGAUGUACAAUAUUAAUAUUGCACGACUUCUUUUACAUUAAAAACUUUUAUUGCUUGUAACAAAGAAAACGUUGUUUUAAAUAAUUCAAUCAUUCUUUAUUAUUUCUGUAAUUCAUCAUUGUUUCAUUAAAAAAAAACUUUUUUUAAGAAAAGUACGUUUUAUGAUUUAGGAAACGAUACAUUCACACGUAGUCCUGACUAAUUAUAAGAGAAUUUCGGUCUUUCGAUUCGUAACAAACUUUUGCGGAUUUUAUAACAAUUAUUUAAAUUUGAACCGUCGAAUAUUCUGGAUAUAGACUUAUACCACUUACCAUUACCACAGAUAAUCCAUUUAUCGUUAGCUUUGUCCUCCGUAAAAAGAUUUCGUUACAAAACCGUAAAAAUGUUUCAGAUACAAAGAACAAUUAUAGAGAACAACAAAUAGUUCGGAAAGUCUAAAGUUGUUGUGGUGUCGCAAAGUUUCACAAAGAGACCGCGUUUGUGUUGUACAAGUUGUCGCCCGCUAGCAAUCACAGUGAUUGUUAUGCGUACUGCAAUGGCCUUUAAUAAAAAAAAUCAUCUGUAAUUAACUAAUCUUUAAAUAGGAAAAAAUUGUAAUAGGCCGACGACUGAAUAUUAUAGAUAUUAAAGAAAAACUAAUAUGGAAGUUUGACCAACAGAAGCAAAACAAGUUUUUUAAAAUCCAUAACUUAUAUACGCAUCACGCAAUAACUUCUAACUUAGAAUAUGGAUCCCGGGUAAAUAUAUGUAAAGCGGUACAUACUUUAAACCUGGAAAAACUUAUAUUUUUUUAUCCAUGACUCAAAGUAACGUGCGAAAACCGAGAAAGGGGUUGGGUUAGUUAAUAAUGAUUGUAAUGACUUGGUGUUUGGUGAAGUGUUUAAAGACAAACGCGACUUCGGUUGUGGGUCAAAAAACAGUUGAAAGUUAUUUGUUUCCUAUUAUUUAUUUAGUCCAUUCGAAAUAAUCACCAAGUUGGAGACAAAUAAAUUUUUACUCUGGGCUCGAAUGUACCAGGCAUUUGUGUCUACUUAUGAAUGCGUAACAUAUUCUAAACUAUAACUAUAUUUGUAUAAAGAACAUUAUCCGAACUUAACCACAUGUCACAUACGCAAACUGUUUUCUUAAAAUAAAUGGAAGUUUAUAGAAAAAACUUGGCAUAAGGAACAGCGCUAGUUUAAUAACCGAGUUGAAUGGUAAUUAAAAAAAACUAGCGAUCAAUGAAGAAAAACAAAUAUUUUUCUAGUUUAUUCUACGCGUCAAUAAAUUAUAAGGGGUUAUGUACGGUGGGAAUUCGUCACCAUUUCUGAACUAUUGCAACUUGGCUAAAUCUAACAUAUCGAAUGGUGUGAACUCGCUACUGCUUCACUGAUUUUAAUGUUUGCAUUCCAAAUUUGUAAAAUGCCAUGAAACAAUGUUAAUAGAGUAAAUUCGCAAUCAAUUUAAAGCGCCAUGUUACAAACGAAGCCAGCGCUCGCGACACAACUAAAAUUGUACCUCCCAAAGGCGUACUUAAGGUGGUUGGUUCUUUUUAUUCUGUCUGGAACACGUCGAGUGCUCGCCCACUCGCCACUACAAGCCCUAAUGACAAUGGAUACUCGGAUUAUGAUUGAAUGUCACUUUUUUGGUUAAUUUUGUCAUACAUUAAAAUUGAUGACAAAAUAUUGUUGCAACAUGAAAGUUGAAAGAAUGUACUAUAGCGGGUGAUUUUUAUUGUUUUUAAACGUUCUUUAACAUAGAUAAUAUAAUUAGUUUUUCCUCAGCUGUUGGAAAUACAACCCAAGUGUUAAUUAUAAUAAUUAUUAUUCAUAUUAAUCGAUUUAGCUGCCAUUCAGAUAGUCACAUCACACACACACACACACACACACAGUCACAAACAUUUAUUAGUGAGAGUGGUGACGAAUUGCCCCGUGGUAAGUGUCAUCACAACAAUGUCGUGUCAACCAUAUUGGUGGGAUGUCACGUGGGUCAGUUUAAAAUAGGUUCUUUUUUGGGUAGGGUAAAAGCUCGUUCAGACGACGCGUGACGCGUUUUGCCCUAAUGGUGACGCGCGUUAACACUUCGCCUGAACGCGGCCUAUGCAUAGUGAUAUAGUGUAGUUGUCCCGACAAAUCAGCCGGGAAAUGUAUUUUAAGGCAUUAAAAAGCAAUUUUAAAAGUACUAAGAUAGUAAAGUGACGCCCGUGGGACGUGACGUUUGACAGCUCGCCGUUUUUCAGUUCUCGGUUGGAUUGUCGUCAGAAUGCCUCCUUACCGUAACCGCCCCCUAAGUCAAGAAUAAUUUUUGCAUUGCAUCGUCGCACCGCUUUAAUGUGAUUGUUAGUCGUCGUCAUUAAGGGACGGUUGGUAAAAUGAAUAGAAAAUUAUUGUUAACUGUCAGCCUGACAAAACAAGACCAACACAGCGACACCGAGAACUGAAUCUCGAGGAUUUUUACGAACACAUACUUAUAUAAUAGAAACUGGAAAUAAAGAACAUUGUCCGAGCCGAAUGUAAAUUGUAAAUGAAUGUUAUAGAAAUAAUAUACAUUCAUAAUUUUUUUAUGAAUAGUUUAAAUGGAAUACUAUGUCAAUAAAACAUUUGUUUACAUUUUAUCGAAAAUCUCUUGGUUGCGACUAUAUCCAGUUCUUAGGGUGCAUUUACAAUGACCGUCAAGUAGCGCGACAGUUCCGCUGCUAUUACUUGAUACAAAAUAUAAAAAACUUGCGCGACUUCGCAGUUUAUGUGAAUGCGCUCUUAAUGAAUGAGGCUGAUGUGCAAUAAUAUGCAAUGUUAUAUAAUAAUAUAUAAAUAAUGUUGAUUAUAAUAUGUAUUUAUAUGUACUGGUACAAAGUGCCCCACACAAUGAUGUCACUAGCCACAAAACCGGGGAGGGACAAGAUGUUCAUGCGAGGAUACAGGGUUACCUUGGGGCAGCUUUUGUGACGUCAUUUUGUCGGGCAUUUUGUUCAAAAGUAAUGGGACAUUAACCAAUUACAUAUAUUUAUUGUAUACAAUAAUAAUCAUAUGAAUGUAAUAAUGUUAUACAACAAAUUUUCAUAUUAUACAAAUAUUAAUGGAUGUAUGUAUUUAAACUGUUACUGUAUUUAAAUAUUUAAUAUCUAUUAUAAUGUAAUUUUACACACAGAUCGGAUAUAAAUCAUGUAUGUAUUUAUAAUUAUUUAUGAAUGUAAACGUUGGUAAAGUAUAUCUGGUUUAAUUCAGAAUUGAAUGUAUGUUACUCGAGCGGUAGAUCUCUAUGACAAUACUUCAUGCAUUUCUAGCGACUGAAUACCACUGGUUGAAGAGGCCUUUAGAGGCUUAUAACAUUAGUACUACUAAAAUACUAAAAACUAUGUUGUGACCAUUGAUUAUGCGAAUUAAUGUUACGAUAUGACAUACUACAUGUGAUAUGUUUGAAGCUGGCGCGUGGGAUUGUCACAGAGAAUGCAUCGCCAGACAAAUGUCGACCGCAGAGUACUUUCAGACAGAUGUUUAACGCGCCUCGUCAAGUACGCUACACACGGAUCAUGUAUUAAGGAAAUCUUUUAUUAGAGAUAAACUAGUAAAUAUAAAAGAGAAGUUAAUCUGCUGUCAUUGUGCCGUAAGCAUUAAGAUCUAUCGCUAUAUUAUAGCGUUACAUUUUCGUAAUAUCACAAUUGAAAAUAUAGCCUUUGGAAUUCCUUGUAAGAUCGUAUAGUUGUAGAGUUUUCUAGACAUUUCUUCCGUUAGUUCCGUGUUUGACAAGAAUGUCUGUAAUACCCACACAAAAUUUUAUGGGAAACAUUAUAAUUCUACUAAAAUCAAAAUCAUUUCAUUGGUAACUGGGUUCCACUCAUAUUUUAUACCCAACUGAUUAGCUAACCACUUAUACUUAUUCAUUCUCGCGAAGAACAAUAAGGCAGUAGUACUGGCGCAAUCAAAAGGCCUUUUUCUCAAGGCUGCGUUUUUGAACUACACGUAUUUGUCCAGUGUUACUAGAAGCCAGCAUAAAACUGAAUUCGUCAUCUGUGGAUAAAAGACGCAAUCUACAAUAAAGAUGCGAUUAGGUGCGUGGCAAACGCGCGGUGUACGUCUGUCGUGAAAGGCACGAUACUGAUAAUACUUACAAAUGUAUUAAAAUUUUGCUACAAAGUUCGCGUGUACCUAAUAAAGGGCUGUCAAAAGGACGUCUCUGAAUAGCGGUUAUUAUGUGCCGAAGGGGCUUGCACUCUACUUUUGUGUGUUGUUAAAAUUGUAUAGAUUUAUAUAAUUAUUUGUUAUUCGGAAAUUAACGCUAGAAAAAUUGUAAGCGAUUUGUCGCACUUUAUGAUCAGUGGCCGUUGUUCCAUUCGCGGCGAAACUGGGUACAUUUUAUUAUUUUUAACGAGCAAUUUGUAGUUUACCUUAUUAUGCACCUAGUAUAUUCGGAUUACGAAACGGGCGAGUCAUGCGAGUCUCACGAAACAUAUUGUUAUAAAUGUUAUUAAUGUAAUAUGAAAACGAAAUACAUUUUACAAUAUCCACAGCGCUCGGAGCCGCCGCUGAUUUUAAUGCUAAAGCAAUGUAUUUUAUAACUAUAGUUUGAAUCGUUCAUGAUUGGUGAGAUGCUAGUUAUAAUUAUAGUGGUAUUGAAAAAGUUAUAAUAAUUAUUUAAUGCAAUAUUAAUUUGUUAAGUAUGUAUAAUUUAUUUUAAAUAGAUGUAUUGACAUUUAGCACUGGUGCUUCUCAACGCCUCAAUAGAAUAAGAUGUUACGGUUGAAGACUGCAGAGUAAAACAUGUUUGUCAAAAUAUAAAAGGGAGGAUAAGUACUUAAUGUAGCGACGUCUUGCCAACUUCUCUUGUGUCAAAUUACGAAGCUAAAGCAACAACUGGCGCGCAACAUGACGAGAAACAUGCACUUGAUAACAAUGCAUAACGAUACAAAAUCGGGAAUCCAAUGAAACCGUUCCACGUAGCUAUAUCUGGGCGUCAUUUGUUGCAUGUCAGUUGUUAAAGUGAUAUGCAAUUUCAAAUGAAUAUUCUAAACUCCAAGUACAAAUAGUAAUAAUAUUGUUAUUCAAAUUGCCGAAGGACUAUUCCGCCACGCCGGACGAGAGAAAGGUCGGUAAUAAAGAUAACGCGGUACACGAUGCAAAUAAAAAUCUUAAACUAUGAAUAAUCAUUUUGAUAAGGCUUGUUUGUCCGCUGCGUCUUCAAUUCUCUGUGUUAAGGUGACUGCACACUAUGUUUAUGUUAGCAUCGGCAUUGCCUUUCGCAGCGCUAUGUUGGUGCUGCCUUAAUUAAAUGCAGGAUUGAAGCAGUUGAUGGAAAGCUCAAUCUUAAUACAGCGAUCGAAUACGGAAAGUUUGAAAUGCGGCAAAAUGUCACAGGCGCACAAUCGCUGCUGCUAAAAAUGCUGAGGCAUUAGGUGCCACGUGUGCUGGAGCCUUAAUGUUUUAUUUCUUUAACAAUGAUGUAGCGAAUGUUAUUUUUAAAUGUUAAUAAAUAUGAGCGAAUAUGAAAUCAUAGAAUUGUAAAAAUUAUAUGUUUUGUAUUUUUUUAUAUCGACUGGCGCUAAGGCCGACGGCAGGCGGCGGCGUGCGAACUCUACGUCCGACUUAUAGCCAUAAUGUGAUUUCUACACAUUUUGUAUUUUUAUAUAAUGUCGAGAUUUUAUAUAGUUCUACGAUAGGCUAACAGGCAGAAUUUAGAUUUUACGCUUUGGGAUAAAAGAAGUAACUGAUCGUGCUUCGCCUGACGUAAGUCAAUGGAUGAUUUAUAAUAUUGUGAAAUUAGAUUGUAUUUAAGCACAAAUAGAUGUAAUUAGAGACAUAAGCGCCGUAGUGCUUUAGCUAGAGUAGAGUGCGUAGAGUAGUGGCCGCUACGGUUAAUAAGGGAGGUCGCACACGGCGAUAUAUUGAAGCAAUCCUGUCGCGCGUCUUGUAGACUAGCGUAUCACUACUAUCGCGUAUUAGUCGUGUAUGCGACGAGCGUUAGACGCAAUACAAACGCGCGACAACGUUGUUACUAUAUCAAGUGGAUGGACUGUAUCGUAGCAAUUUUGCGAUUAUAUCGUUACUACGUCGUUACAAAAUGUCGCCUAGGGCGACUUCCCUAAAUGUUAGCAAAACUUAUGAAAAGCACCCGCCGUGCGCAUGCGCCGCCUGCCGCCGUAGCUGCGACCGCCCGUCAUCCUCGAUGGCUGUGUGUCAUGUUGGGCUAUGUUUACUUUACGACGGUGUGAAAUUCGAAAUUUAUUCCUAUUUUUAAUAUGCAUUUAUUUUAGUGAAGAUAAUGACGCCAUAUUAUUUCUUGUAAUAAGAUUUUUCAUUAAUAUUAGACAAUUAAAGAUUAUUCAUAUUUU